AUGCGAUCAGGCAGGGUGUCUGGGUCCACUCAACCCAUCAUGAGCAACAUGGAAGCAGACCCCGAAGUCAAAGCAGACGUGGACAGGAUGAUCCUGGAUUACCUGACCUGCGUUGCCAUAAAUCAGACCUUGUCCGUCGCAGAGAAUGCCAACGAAACGGCCGACUCAAACGAGUCAGAGGAGGCGGACUGGCUCAUUGAUGCUGUCGGAGCCUUUCGAUCAAUACUACCCGAAAAAUCCCUUCAUCGGGAUCUGGACAUCAAACUUCGGAUUCUCGCAGUGGCUCACCAGAUUCGUCAUUACAUGCCGACCCAGGAGCAUCGUUCCCGCGAAGGUUGCUCUCCGCUAUCGGCAAUCGGCAUCGAAUUCAUGGAGCUCUGUGCAACAGCCGUUCACAAGGUUUCUGAAACCAGAUGGUUCGAGACCGGUGCCCAGUUUGUGGCACAGGCCGUGAUAGAGGAGAAGUACGAGGGGGGUACACCUACGCCUUCCGAAAGUCUCUCGCAGAUGUGUACAUGGGCACCUAAUGAUCCGGUGCGGAAUUCAAAAUGGAUCCAAAUUCUUCAGCGCUGUACCAAUGAGUUGCCCGAGCACAGUAAUGUCUCCCUGGCACGCAGUGAUAUCGAUCACAAAUUCCCAUUUGAAAAAUUCAGAUCCGGUGUGCUGGUCUUUCUGUUCGACCUGAUAAGCACUCUUGAUUCGCCUCUUCUCAUCGAGCUCGAACGGGGCCAAGUCGGCAAUCUCACCCGUAAUGAGACGCAAUGUCUUAGGGAACGUAUCGGGCUGCGAUGA